AUGGGUUUGCUGCGAAAGAUACUAAAGGAAGUAUGCAAGGAAUCAGAAGAAGAACUUAAAGGUAGCACUUCCUUGAGUGGUUUGUGCACACGAAUACAGAGUGAGCUGUCAAAGAGCAAGUUCUUAUUGGUUUUUGAUGAUGUAUGGGAAUUAGGUUGGUGGAUGGGAGAGGUAGCAGACACCCUAACGGGAGGUGCAAAGGAGAGCAAGAUUUUGAUCACCAGUAGAAAGGUAGAAGUCUCUCAAGUAAUUGGUGAUAAAAUGUAUAAAUUGACAGAAAUGUCUUUGGAUGAAAUUUGGAGCUUGUUUCUGCGUGUGGCAAAGAUACAAGAACAUGAAUUGGAGAGUCACAAUUUGAAAGGUAUUGGGGAGAAAAUAGUGGCAAAGUGUGGUGGGUUGCCACUUGUUGUCCAGACGGUUGGAUCCUUAAUGUGUACAAAAAGGAUGACAAAAGACGACUGGGAAAGCAUUGACAAGAGUGAGAUAUGGGAAAUACAUAGUAGCAUUUUCCUGGGGGAUACAAGAGGAUGCAAUGUUAGGGAACUAAAAGAUUUGAACAAGGUGAAAGUAAUUGAUGCAAAAAAUGCACAGCUUAAGGAGAAGCAUGAGUUAAUUGGGGUGAAAUUUUACUUCGAGGAGCAAGAGGAUGACGGAGUGGAUAAUGCUUCCGAAGAGAGGAGUUUGCUGGAGGCUUUGGAACCUCCAUAUGGCAUAGAGAGGUUGGGAAUUUAUAGUUAUAAAGGAGAUAGGGAUGUGAUAGGAAUUAAAUCAUUGGAAGAAUUGAAGGUCCAAAACUGCCCAACAUUGUGUGAAUUGCCGAGCAUGCUUUCAUUGAAGUCCUUGGAGAUUUGGCUGUGUGAUGGGCUCAACAAGGUUGGGGACCUGCCAGCAUUAGAGUCGUUGACUGUGUCCAGAUGCGAAAGGCUGAAGACUCUUGCUAACAUGCCUGCGUUGGAGUCGUUGCAUGUGUACCGAUGUCAAAGGCUGAAGACUCUGACUAACAUGCCUGCAUUGGAGUUGUUGGAGGUAGAGGGAUGUGGCAGGCUAGAGCAAGUAUCUGAUGAUCACAUGCCGGCUUUAAAGAGGCUGAAGUUGUCUUACCUGAAGAUUUUGAAGCAGCUCCCCACUCGCCUUCCUUCACUUGAGGAACUUGCCCAACUGGGAAAUAACACUUACUUUUAUGCCAUGCUUAAGAAAGGUGAGUUUUGA